GAGCUUGCCAUGCAAGCGGCAAGCGUCGACCUAUCCAGCACUUCAUGGCUAGAUAGCUCCAUACUAGUCGAGAAGGUCAAUAACCUAAAGGAAAUCAGUCUAGGGAACUGUCGCCUUCUCUAUGGCAGCGAGCGCGGCAAAUUCUACGACAUUGUGAUCGGCGAGGAUGAGAAAACAAAAUCGUUCGGCGCAGUCCUUACUUGUAACCAAGAUAAUCAAACCAAGCUCUUACGCACAUCCACGAGCAACUGCCCCGUCAACGCCGUACGCAACCUGGUCAGUGACCUCCAGAAAGAUACGGCAAAGCUCUUUCUCAAGUACGGCGUCGGAUCCCAGCUAGAAGGCCAACAAGGCUACACCGACAAGGACACUGGGGAGUUUCAACUCUGGGGCACGGCCUAUGACAAGCGGAGAAAUGGUCCGGACGACGACACUAUGGGUCUCGUG